GGCCGGGCCCGCGCACCACUUUCACAUGGAGCCCACGAGGUCGUCUUCGUCGGCCACGGAGGAGGAGGAGGAGGGCGACCUCCCAGAGGUUGCCUCGAAGCACGCCCAGAUGAUGGGCGUGUUGCAGAGACGACAGGAGCAGGCUCGAAAGCUCAAGGAGUUCUGGGAGCGCGGCAACGUCCAGGCGCUUUCGGGCGCCGUGGACAAGGACGCCGCUGUGUUCUGCGACUUCGCCCGCUCCGUGAUGCAGCAGCGUCUCCAGGCCGGCCUGAAUUUGGAUGCAUGCCAGACUUUGCUGCAGAUCGUGCAGGAUCUCCUCUGCACAGGUAUGAGGACUUCGUUGCGACGGCCGUCCAGUUUGCCGAGGUCUUGCUCGACAACUUCGGGCAGCUCAUCUCCGAGACCCGCGGCGCCUGCGGGAAGAUGCCGGAGUGGCAGCUCGACCUGCCCCGUGAGGAACGCUUGCGGAAGUGCAAUGCCUGCUACAGCCACUUCCAAGAGAUAUACAGGCUUCUUCCGGAUGGCUCGGCCUCGACGGGCAAGUCCGGCGGCUUCAGAGGGAGCUUGCAGCGGUUCUUGCAGGGCUGCUGACGGCUGCCACCGCGGACCGCGGCCGCUGGCCGACUCGCGCCGCGCCGCGGCAGCCGUGAGCCGCCGGA